AUGUCAAAACAUCAUCCAGAUUUAAUUAUGUGUAAAAAACAAACAGGUAUAGCGAUUGGACGUGUUUGUGAUAAAUGUGAUGGUAAAUGUGUUAUAUGUGAUUCAUAUGUAAGACCAACUACCUUGGUUAGAAUUUGUGAUGAAUGUAAUUAUGGGUCAUUUCAAGGUAAAUGUGUAAUUUGUGGUGGUCAAGGUGUUAGUGAUGCUUAUUAUUGUUUUGCUUGUUCUCGUGAAGAGAAAGAUAGAGAUGGAUGUCCUAAAAUUGUUAAUCUUGGUGGUUCAAAAAUCGAUUUGUUCUACGAAAGAAAGAAAUAUGGUUUCAAAAAGAGAUAA